ACCACCACCAACGUAAACAAACCGAAUGUCUUCUUUUUUUUCCUUUUCCGUCUCUCUUUUUUUAAGUUCUGUCUAGAGCACCUGAAUUGAGAGUGUCACCUUGAAGCUCAGGGAUCUUCUGGGAAUCGAGGCGAAGGAGAUGCGGGCGAAAAGGAGUGACGGCGAAGGCAUGGACGGGGAAAGUUUGUAUUAAUUAUGCUUAAAUGGUCGUCUUCAUCUUUACGACUGGUAAGGCUGGGAAAAAAACGGUUUUUACUUGGUGAUAAUUACGUAUUUAUGAUUUUUUUUAUCCAGAGAGUGAGCGAUGUGUUACGUAACUGUGCCUGUAUGUACCUGUAUCUGUAUUACCUGGCUUUACUAAAUAACGAAUGGGAACUACAAAUAAUCUGUCAAGUUCGGUAAAUCGGAAUGUAAUAUUGGCCUUUGUCCAUUUAUUUCUCUGUCAAGGAUCAGCACACCUCUAUUACGUAUUUUCAGACUAGAAAAUGUUUGAUGUGGUCUUAUUCUUGUGCAAUAUUCAGUGUAAGGUCCCUAACUUAAAUAUGACUUACUGAUAGAUCCACUGAAGUCAACAAUAUAUAAGGUAUAUGUUUGGAAUAAUUACCAUUUAUGUAUCAGUCAAUUCUGAUCUUGCUGGAAACAGAGGUUUACGAUAUCAGAACCAGAAGUCCCAAUUAUGAUGAUAAUGGCAUUAUCAAGAUACCAAUCAGUGCAUUUAUACACCAGAGAAAGAUGAAGAUCACAGAAGGUAUCGUUCACAAUUUAAAUCCAUUCAUUCUUGCUAAGUUAUAGCUCUGUCAUGCUGUGCAUAUAGAGGUGAAGACAAAAGGGGGAGGGGGCACAGUUCUCCAUCGACCCUUCCCUCGGGCAUGCCCAGUCACAGUAACUUCGAUUAUUAAAGAAAUUUUCAUGACUUGGACUUGGGACUUACCCUCUGGCAAGUGCAUCUGUAUUUCCCCCAUGACUUUUUUUUUCCAAUAAUAAUAAUAAUAAUAACAAUAAUAAUAAUAAUAAUAAAAGUUUUUAGUCUAGUUUGCUAUUCUUACUGUUGCUGAUUUUAUUACAGGUAUACUGUCAGUAUGAAAAAUUCAUAACUUUAACAAAGAAAAAGUGAUUGGUUUCAUGUUAUUAAAAAAGAGUCUAAACCCAUAGAGCCAUACCACGAAUAUAAGAACCUCCCCCCAUGAAAAAAAUUAAGUGGUAGCCACAUUUAUCUAUCUUAGUAGGAAAGGCUCCUAGUUGUGAUAUAUUUAACUAUAUAUCAGCAGUAAUACAGUAGGUAGAAGAUAUGCAGUUGGGAAUAUAGAUUCUCAUCAUGUUUUUUUAGCUGUCAAUGUAACUAUUGAUACUCUUUCCUUUCAUAUGUUUUGGUAAAGCAUUUUUAACCCCUUGCCGAUGGGCAUGGCAUGUACGUACAUGCCAUGCCCACUGUGAGUUUGAUUGUUUUUACACAUAGAUGGCUACACUUUUUUACUAAGUCACCAGUGAGCCAAUUACAAGUACUGCCUGUCUCACCCGUUCACCCUUUUCAUCAAUUUACGAAAAUAUUUAAUGUUAUCCUAAUUUGCCGUUAAAAAUAACACCAUCUAUUUUUAUAGCACUAGUAAGAAUAUGUUUUUUCCCGCCAAUUCAAGGAAAGGUGAAAUCAGGACUAACAGAGCCAUCUAUGUACAGAGACAUUUCACAAAAAUAUAAAAAAUGAGUACAGCAUUUUCCCGAUUUUCUAUUAAUUUUCCCCGGGGGCAAUGGGAUAAAAGUUUAUUUACUGUAAUUAUUUUACUCUCAUAUAAAUGGAAGUGGAGCUUAAAGAAAUUUGUCUGUAUUCAGUUUUAUAAAAAAUAAUGAGAAUGUUGCAUCCGGGAAUUGCAGUCAGCACAUAGGUAGUUGUUUUUUGUAAAAUGGAUGUGUAAAUGUAUGGUACAUGGAUAUUUUGGAUUUUCAUUUUUAUAUACAGAGAAGUUCCAAUAUUAAUAACUUGCCUCAAAGUUCUAAGAUAAUGGUUAUAAGCAUCAUACUUUAUACCAGAUAUGCAAAUAAAAUUUGAUAUAAGGCAUUAUUUAGACCACCUAGUAUUAUUUCAGUGCAUUUUUCUAUGACAAAUUUAUUACCAGUUAUAUUUGUAUUUCAGGGCCUUGAAAAUAGAAGUAUUUAGACUAUAAUUCACAAAUGAAGAAAAAAAAAUGGGAGAAGUUGUACAAGAAAGAAGCUCGACUACAGAGCAGAGCUGGAGGCUGGAGGUCGGGGCAGAGUACGAAUCGUUUGCAGAGUUUGAGGAAGAUUUGAAAGCUUUUAGUGACCACAACUUCAUGUUGUUUGUAAAAGACAAGAGCGCAAAACUUAGCAAAAGAGAUCAAGAUGGGCCGAGGAGAAAGGCUGUGAAGCUGUUCCCGGAGAAACUUAUUUAUAAGUAUAUAAGGUACAAAUGUAAACAUGGUGGGAAAAGAAGAUUUGAAGGCAGAGGGAUCAGGCCAAAUCAGAGGUCUUUCAAGCUGUCAUGUGGUGCCUUCUUGGUACUUGCAAUGGACAGAAAACGAGGAAAGCUUUGUGUGACUCAAUUUUCAACAAAGCAUAAUCAUGAAGUCUCUGAAGCAAUAUAUAAGAAUUAUCCAGAGAAUCGACGCUUGAUGCAUCCUCAAGGAACAGAUGGAGAAAUAUUUUUAAAUUUGAAAAUAGAUCCCACAAAGGACAGGGCAUAUCUAAAUGAAUUCUCAGGGAAAAGGCUUACCAUUGAAGAUAUUUAUCGUAUGAAACAGUGUUUGCCCCAACCUGGCCCAGAGGAAGAUGUCAUUCUGUCCUCAAUUGAAACUCUCUUGGAGGAGGAUGAAAAGGCUACUAUUAUUUUGUCAGUUAAGGACAAAAUAUUAGAUUACUUGUAUGCUCAAAGGUCAUCCGAAAAGAAGGAAUUAGAAGAAUAUCCUGAUUCUGUUUUUAUGGAUGUCAUGUGCAAGAUCAAGCAUAGGGUCAUGCCUAUUGUGACUCUCAUGGCCGUUGACAACAGAAAUCAGAAGCACGUCAUUGCUCAAGCUCUAGUUCAGAGUAGUCAGAGGGACAUUUUGAUGUCAGUUCUUGAAGUUUUUAAAUCAGAAAAUGAGAAUCUCUGUCCUUCUCUGUCAGUCAGUAAUCUUAUGAAAAAUUAUGAAGACAGGACUAAAGACUUGGAUUACAAGGUAUUUCUGGAUAAAACUACUGUAAGUUAUAGUAUUACAAAAUUAGUCAAAAAUGUGCGUGAUGUGUCAACUGAUUAUGCUUUUGAACUAAUGGUUGAUGAACUGAAACAGAGUGAAGGUAUGACUUUCGAGGUGAAGGCAAAGGACGAAGAAAAUUAUGAAGUGAUAGAUAACAUCGUCUAUAGUGUUACCAUAAGUCAGCAUUCAGUUUCAUGUUCAUGUAAUUUCUAUGCAAACACAAACUUGCUGUGCAGACAUGUGUUCUACUUGGUUUCAGAGAAAACAAAUAUUGAAUUUAAUAAGGAGUGGAUUCCAGUCAAGUGGCAAGUAUCUCCUGCAUCUGCUGUAGCACAAAUGGCCAGCAGAGCUAAAGCUUCAGUAAAGAUAAAGCCCCUUUCACCAGAAAAAGUCAAGAAGAUGAGAAAAAAUAACAAGUUUUUGGAAAUGUUACGAGUGAUGAAACUCAUUGCAAACAUGAAUAGUAUCCUUGAGCCCAGAGAAUACUGCGCAAGGUUUGAGUUGCUAAUACAGCUUCACAAGUUAUGGCAAGAUGGGAAAAGAGCAUCCAUUGAUGAAAGUGUUGAAGAUAUAAAGUGCCAGGAAAAGAACAGAAUCUUUAGAGAUUUAGCAGAUAUGAGUAGUUAUCUUGGACCAAAGGAGUACAAAGAUAGAUAUGAUUUGUUGUUAAAGUUGCAGGCGCUUUGGCAGGAAGGGAAGAAAGUUUCUUUAGUUGAAUAUAGAGAGGAGAAUGACAAAAAUAUUCAAAAUUCUUCAUUGAGAGAUGAGCUAGAUAAUGUAAUUUUAACUGGGUUAGAUAAUGAAUUGGAAGAUGCUGCUAUUUCUGAGAAAGGAAAUGAACUGUUUAGAAUAAUGCAGAAAGCAAAACCUGUUAAAACUGCAGAUGCUUUUACCCAAGUUACUGAAAAUAUUCAAGAAGUGUUAAUUUCAAAACCUCUGAAGCACCUAGACUGUAAUAAGAGUAAGAGUGUAACACAAUUAAUACCCAACACAAAUUCUUUGCCUACAAUAACACCCACCCAAGGAGGUUUACCCUUCAUAGAUAUGACAGCAAUACCCAAGCCAUUGCCAUUAAAAAAUGAAAUAUUCACAGUCGACAGUGAGAGUUUUCAUGAUUCAAUGGUCAUAUACUUAGAGCCCAACACCAAACCAGACAUGAGGCCAGCUGUUCAGGUGGUUGUCCCUCCCUCCUUGGGGUUUGAUGACAUUACAGUGAAGAUGGAAGUAAAUGAUCCUCCUUUGUUGGUCCCGGACAGUGUUCUGUCAUCAGUAAACAGGAGGAAUACAAAGCAGAAAUUUAUUUCUGAGUCGCAUAAUGAUAACCAGUCUGUUCAUUUCACGUUGUCCAAACCAGGCGAAACACAUGCAAUGAAGAGAGAGCAAGUCCUUUUGCCAAACAAGAGAAAAGUAUAUACAAGAAAAGAACUGAAUAAGAAAAGAAGAUUAUGUGAUGACAGCCAGGAUUUCACUACAAGAAUGGCAGGAGUAAAUAGAUUUAUAGAUACUCAGUCAAAUAAAGAUAUUCAAGAUUUGUUAGAAGUAUCUCUGAAUUUCAAUUAUACAAAAGUACAAGAUGCUAACGAGUUGAAACAUAGAUGCCAGUGCAAUGCUGUCUUAUCACUAGUAGACGAAAUGCAAAACAUGAGUAAUGGAAAAAUACUUGAAGCCAUCAUCGUUGCUGUGAUUCAAAGAUGUAAAAUUUUAAAUGUUAAUCCGAAGAAGAGCACAAAUGCCUAUGUUCUUGGGGCAUCACUCCUUUUAUAUUCAUACAUCCACAAUUUAAGACCCACGCAGACAGUGCUCACCCUAUAUCCACUAGGCAUUCAUGAAAUGUCUUCGCCAAAGCCCCAAGUGUAUUCAGAGGACAUUCACAUUAUUGUAGGAAAUAUGAGCAUCAGACAACAGUCUCUUCAAACUCUCAGUCCUGGGGAGCACUUGGACGACCAGGUUAUCCAUGCCUACCUGGGGCUAAGGGCUAAGUUAAGAAAUGUUGGCGGGGCGAAUGAAGUCUUUAUAUUUCCGUCUCAGCUAGCAAAUAUUUGGGAAACUGGAGACUUUGGUAACUGGCUCUUUCGAAAUGUGGAUCUAAGUUCUUUUAAAUGGCUUCUAAUACCGGUCAAAGCAGAAAAACAUUGGUUUCUUCUGGCUGGAAAUGUUAAAAGUCAAACUGUGACUAUGUUAGAUUCGUUGUACAGCACAGAAAGACGAAGAAAAUAUUUUACUUUGUGGAAGAAGUAUAUGAUGGAACGGGCCAGAGCUUUAGGCCCAACUGACAUAGAGUGGAGAACCUGCCACACACCAAGUACUCAACAACAAGAAGCAUAUAACUGUGGGGUGUUUAUAUUAAUGAAUGCAGAUGCUCUUCUUCUCAAUGUGCCUGCCUUGGUAAUGAGGAAUUGUCAUGCCAACAAUUAUAGAAGUUUUGUUUUGAAUCAGUUGCUCAAACACGGCCAACCAGUCAGCGAAGACCUCUCAUCGUUGUAUAUGUCAUAGAAAAUCCUGUAAGUGGUGCAGGAACUAAGUGGAAAAAAGUGCAUUUAUGUUAUUUAACAGAGCCAGAAUGUUGAUAUUGUCAAUUUAUUUUAUGUUCCUUCUUGAAGUGAGUGAAUGGUUUAUGUUCAUGUGAAUUUACUGGUAAAGCUUUGAAUAUUAAUAUAUAUAUAUUUUUGUAGAAGAACAUAUUUAUAUAAAUUUCAUAAAGUUUUUAGAAUGACUUCAAAGUUGUCUUUUUCUUUAUUAUUUCUUGUUGAAAGAAAAUCUACAAGAUCUCUUUAUAUUUUUUGAAUGCUUUAAUUCUUUAGUUAUUACUGUAGAUCGAUACUUUUUGUAAGGUCCAAGAAUUAAAUAUAUUUACUUUUUGAGAAA